AUUUAAAUCAUAAAUGCUUAAAAACGGAACAAACGUAUGUUAAAUAAGAAGUGUUUUAUAGCGUCCCUUAAGAGCACGUGUCGCUAUAUGAAAAAUCAAAACUUUUUUAUUUUUUUCUCCUUCUCUCCUUCUCUUCGUCUCCCUUCUUCCAUUGCCAAUCCUUCAUCAUCUUUUCUUUCUCUUCUUCGCCUGAGUUCACUCCUUACAGACGGAAUCGCACAGAGCUCGGAUGAUAACACGGAGUCGUACGGCUCGGAAUUGCUUCGUCGGCCGCAUCUUCACCCUCUCUGCUCGUUCUCUGUCACCAUCCUCAAUCUCAGAAGCUGUUAAGGGUCGGGACAUGGCGGCUUAUGUCUCUGUCGAAAACAUUCAUGAUCUCUAUCUUUCCGGACAGGGUUACAAGGGAUCGAGUGGGGUAACUAAAGCUCUAAAGGCUGAGAGAUGUGGUUGUCAUCACUCUCGUAGUGUUUCUUCCUUUAACAAGAGCUUAAAGCUUAGAAAGAAACCAAGCAAACAAAAGGUUGCUAAGGAACAGAGUUUCAGCACAGCAAGCAAGAGAGAGGAAGAAAGCUUACUUGGGUGAGUUGGAAAACAGAGUGAAAGACUUGGAGAACAGAAACUCUGAACUUGAAGAUAGACUCUCUACUUUGCAGAACGAGAACCAGAUGCUUAGACAGGUAUACGUUUUUAUCUAUCCUCGCAUCUUCAGUAUCAACGACUGAACAUAUUUGUUUUAAGAACCAUCAAUUUGCAAGCCUUAGGAACCACUCAUCAAAUAGAAGAUAAGCUCGAGAUUAGUUCACAAAUAUAUGUUUAGAUUUUUCAAUGGUUCUUGGAAUAGCUCAUUCAACAGCUUGUCUCUUGUUAUGUCUGUGGUUUUGCUGUUCACGUAGUGGAGAAGAUGAGAAUGCAAAGUUAGAUUCUUUUGUAUUAGUUUUCUAGUUUGUAAAUUUUUUUCGAGUUUGUAAUUUUUUUCCCAACUUUGUAAUAUUAUUUUCCUAAGACCACAUUUUGAUUAGUUUUCUAUUUUAAUGUUAUAUGUUUUAUUUUAAACACAAUUAAUUAACUCAAAAAAAAUUAAUAUUUAACUAAGAACCUAGAAACGUAUCUACCAAUAAUGUACCGUUUUAAUCAUGUAUCUUAACUAUGUCUCUUAACCUAAACAUAUUAAUAAACUAUUCUAAGAACCUAAAAUUUUGUUUUAGCAAUAAGGAUGCUCUUACAUUUUACAAAAAAGCAAACACAUUGGUGAUCGACAAAAUAGACCAGAAAAGCCCAUUAUGAAGUAAGAAAACGAAGAGGAGAGGCCCAGGAUGAGAGGGCUGGAGACCCAUUAAGGUGAAACACGAAGGCCCAAUAUAUGAGGCCCAUGUAAUGAUAGUAACUCAGAAGACGGAUGGGAUCGGUGCGGUGCAUUUCUUUCUCGUUAGAUAGAAGCAGAAGAGAGAAGAUGAAGCAAUCGAGAAACUCCGGCGAAUAGGACAGAGAGAUAGAGAGAGGAGAUAAUCGUGAGCUUUAAAGGAACCGUGAUGAAGACGGUGAUUCGGUUCCCGCAACGUUUCAUAGAGAUAACCAGCUGCCAAGCAAGCCGAAUUCAAGAACAUGUAGAUGGAUCGUAUGAAGGAAGUUGAUGAGUGUGCGGGUGGUGUCAUCCCAACAGAGGCGGCCCUUGGUAGAAGCGAAUGAAGCAACGGCUUGCGGCCACCAAGUUAUUAACAAAAAACCAGCCACAUUAUUUCAAAAUCUUUUGAUGGUCCAGUGGUUAAUUUUGUGAUGUAACUGUGAAUUAUUGUUGGGUUCAAAAUGGCUGGGUUCAAGUGCCAUUCUGUGCAUUAUUGUUUUUAGAAAAAAAAAUU